AUGGAGUCGGAGUCUGGCGAGCCAGCCCCUCCCCCCGAUCUGGAGAAUAUGCCCGUAGAGCUGUUCUGGCAGAUGGCGCAGCACCUCCCGGUUGAAACCCUGACCAGCCUCCGCACAGUAUCCCGAAAGGUAAGCGCUAAGGCACUGCAGCCCUUCGCGCGGUGCGGCUUGCGCACUCUGUCGAUGACCCUCGAUGCGCGGGGCUACGACAAGGUGGACGAGAUCGCCAACCGCGAGUUCUACCACAAAUUCCCGCAGCGGCUGGCCGUGUAUCCGCCGGAAUCCCCGUGCGACAGCUUCUGGACGGACGCGGCGCUGCGCAAGCUGGGCCAGACCCUGGAGCACCAGCUGGCGCGGUGCCGGGAGAUGGUACUCUACUACGGCGCGCCGGACCAGGCGGACCGCAUGGACGACAUGCUGAGCCUGCACGCGCUGUGCCGCAUGCUGGCCGUCAGCCAGAUCCAGCUCCGCUACCUGGUUCUGUUCCAGCGACAGGCGCCCGGGCGCCGCGCGAUCCAGCUCCUCGACUGGCCCCAACCGUACCUGCCGCCAGGCAUCUCGAGCAUCUGGACCGGGCUGCGCCAGCUGCAUGUCUACGAGCCUGAGGACAACGGCGCCAUCGAGUACCUGCGGGUGUUGCUGCCGGAGAUCCUGCAGAACGCGCCGCAGCUCGAGGAUUUCAAACAUAUCGUCUCGCCGCGGGUGUUCUUCCGCUCCUACGUGAUUCCCCUGCGCUGCGCGAUCUGGGCCGGUGAGGAUCCGCCGCUGCGUGCGCCCGCGCCGCUCAAGCGGGUGGAGGUCGCGGGCUCGUACAUCAACCUCGAGGCCCUGAUGGGGUUUCUGGGAAGGUACGGCCCGACGCUGGAGCGCGUACAGAUCUGCGUGACGUACGCCCACGGCAGUGCUACGCUGUGGUCGGAGGUGCUGGAGCAUAUGAAGGGGGUCUGUCCCGUGCUGCGGUAUGUGUCGGUCGUGACGUGCCGGCGGUCGCUGGGCUGCGUGGAGUCGGAGGACCGGGCCCAGAUAUUGGAGGCAUUGGACCGGAUGAUUGAGAUGGCGGAACAUGCGGGCAUUUAG